UGUCUGCAGAAUUAACGGAGGACUCCUUUUAAUUCUGGGAUUUGAGGCACUUUUAAUAAGUAUGCCUAUUAAGUCCUUCACAUGCUAAGCUUUCAACUGACAUGGGGCAUCAUUAUUAUUCCAGAUUGCUGCUGGGCAGGGGUUCAAGGCCCACCUUUGAUUUCUCGAGUGGCUUUGGGACAAACUGCCCGCCUUCCUGCUUCAAUUUUAUGAUCUGUGAAAUGGGGACCGUGACCUGCUUGAUGGGGUGUGGUGGGAACAGAGUCCGAGCAGCACUUUGCAGAAAUGGAAACUGCUGUAGAAAGGAUGUUUUGAAAGGGGGAAUGCAUUGCACAAAACGUCUUUUCAGUGGUGGUUUCUAUCUCCCCCCCCAUUGUUCAUGCCCCAGUAACCCUUCAUAGUGGGAGGGGGCCCCUGAUGGCAACCAAAAGGGGCUCUGUCCCAUAUAGGUCAAAACAUGGCCAUGGGGCAUCGUUGAAAGGGUGUGGGGGAAGGCUAACGGAUAUCUCGGGGGUGGAGUGAGAUGGUUGUCGCUUAUGGAGAUGCUGUCUCCACGAUCCUCUUGGAAUGGGUCUGGCAGAAGUGUGGGAAGAGGAUGCCGCCUCGUGCGCCAGAGAGAGGGCAGUGGGGAAGUGAGCAAGGGGUGGCCGGAGUUCCAGCUCUCUGCAUACUUGCUUGGGGGGUGAGCCCCAUGGAACUCAGUGGGGCUUAACGUCCAGGGAAACGGGCUUCGGACUGGGCUGUGCACCUCUGACAACGACAGCUUUGGGUCUGGACUCUCGGAGACGUUGCCUCUCCCGCACUCAAGGACGCCUCCAGUCAACGGAGCGGCUUUUGGAUCCUACUGGCCAGCCUGGGGGCACCUAAAGCGGAGGCCACCGCGGGAUCCGUUGGCAUUCGCCUGGAGUGCCACAGCAAGAAGAGAGAGGAGGGUCAGGGUCAGGCCGGCCGGUGGGCCCCCUCCUGCCCUCAACACAACUCCACAGCAGUUGCAGUGUCCAACGCCAGGCUGCCAAGCUGUAGGCAGAGCUGCCCCCUGCCUGCCCCCCCCGCCUAGAACUGCACCAGCCCCGCCUUCCCUGGGUCACCCCUCGUCGGAGAAGCGGCUGCAGCAGAACUGAGCUCCCUGCUCCCUCUUGCCCGCCUGGCUCCUGACCAGCCGCUCCUUUGAGCCCAGCGCCAGCCUCAAAGCUCAUCCCCCCCCCCACGUGGGGCGCACGCCUCCCUCGUCCCGCUUCUGCCCCCUUUUUGUAGACUUGCAGCCGUCGACGACUCGGCGGCACCCUUGACUUCCUCUCCUGUGCGGUAGGCGAAGCCCAAAGAGAGCAGCUUGUGGCUUGCGGAGGAUUUGAACCCAGGCCUUCACAGUCCAGCACUCUAUCCACUAGGCCAGGAGGGCACAACUCCAAACGCCCCGCUGGGCCGGAACCAACCAGGACUUGGUGUGCGGAGUCAAUUUUUCAGUCCAUUAAUUAUUACAUUGACCGUGUUAAUUGAAGCAGGUCUUAGCUCCUUGUGGAUCUUCCCCCCGCAACAAGGGACCCGCCAUUUUAACCAAGGACUGCGGCCAGAAAAUAGGCCGCCUUGCUGCUUCGUCUGCGGGGCACCUGGCGCGCAGACCAGCCUCACACAAAUGCCGGGCAUUGCAUUGGCAUUGCAAGGCAGGUUCUGGGGAGGGCAGAGGAAGAGGCAACGGGCCGGAAGAGUGACCCUCUGCCUUUGCUUGCCUGCCUGCCUGCCUGCCACCGCUGAUCCAGCCCACGCCAUCCGUCAUAGCUGUUGCCACUGAAGCCGCAGCAGCCGGCUCACUCGGCCGUGGGCCCAUCACUGCCAGGGCUCCAUGGACUGUCCAAAUCUGGAAUUUGAAUAUGGAGAUGCUGACAGCUAUGCAGCUGAACUCUCGGAACUGUACAGUUACACGGAGGAGCCGGAGUUUGCCAUCAACAGGAAGUGUUUUGAAGAGGAUUUCCAGAAGCAAGCGAAGGGCAAGCGGUGGUUGGAGCUGGACCUGUCUCGGCAGAAGGCCCACGUGAUGCAGUUACUGGAUGGGCUGGAGGUGGUCAACCGGGACAAGAGGCUCAGAGUUGCCCGCGCGAUUCUGUAUUUGGCACAAGGGGUCUUUGGGGAAUGCGACACAGAGGCAGAAGUUCUCCACUGGGCCCGGCACAACAACUUCCUCUUGUACCAGAUGGGAACAUUCACCGCCUUCCUGGAGCUGCUCAACAUGGAGAUGGCCAACAGCCAAGCGUGCAGCAGCGCCCUGAGGAAACCGGCCAUCUCCCUGGCGGACAGCACGGAGCUCAGGGUGUUGCUGAGCGUCAUGUACCUGAUGGUGGAAACCAUCCGGGUGGAGAUGGAGACUGACCCACCCAAGUGGAAAAGCUCCCGAGAGACAUUCAGGACGGAGCUCAGUUUCCCUGUGCACAGCGAAGAGCCUUUUGCUCUCUUGCUCUUCACCAUGGUGACCAAGUUCUGCAGUGGGCACGCUCCGCAUUUCCCCAUGAAGAAAGUUCUGCUUCUGCUCUGGAAAGUGCUCAUGUUCACCUUGGGUGGUUUUGAAGCCCUCCAGGCCCUGAAGGUGAAGAAGCGGGAGGAGCUGGGCCUUCUGCCCCUGCCAGAGGACAGCAUCCAGGUCAUGCGCAGCAUGCGGGCCGCCUCUCCUCCUGCCUACACCAUUGAGCUGAUGGACCAGCAGCAGCAGCAGCAACAGCAACAACAGCAGCAGCAGCAGCAGAAACGGGGUCACCGGAGCAGGAGGCCCCUGAUGAAGCAGGACAGCUUGGACAUCUACAACGAGAGGGACCCCUUCAAGAGCGACGAGGCGAUGGUGGACGAGGAGGAGGCUGACGACAUGGACAACGGCAUUGAAGGGGAGCUGGUCAUGUUGGAGCGGGAGACGGCCAUCCAGGCAGUGUCUGUCCCACGCCCACCUGUGGAGAGGGUCUCCUUCCCCAAGGGUCUUCCCUGGGCCCCCAAAGUUAGACAGAAAGACAUAGAACAUUUCCUGGAGGCAAGCAGGAACAAAUUCAUUGGAUUCACGCUUGGGCAGGACACAGAUACCUUAGUUGGGUUACCACGGCCCAUCCAUGAAAGUGUGAAGACUCUGAAACAGCACAAGUAUAUCUCGAUCUCCGAAGUGCAGAUCAAGAAUGAAGAGGAGAUGGAGAAGUGCCCUAUGUCUUUGGGGGAAGAGAACGUGCAGGAGACCCCCUGUGAGACGCUGUAUCGAGGGAUGCUGUACAACCUGCCACAGUACAUGCAGACCCUGCUUAGCAAAGGGGACCAGCCCUGCUUGCUGCCACCAGACCAGCUGGCCUCGCUCCUCUCUGCCUCCUUGCAGAUCGCUCUGCUGAAGAUUCUGCUGGCUGCAGCUCCAACCUCCAAAGCCAAGACGGACUCGAUCAACAUCCUGGCAGACGUGUUACCAGAGGAGAUGCCCAUCACAGUCCUUCAGAGCAUGAAACUGGGGAUUGACGUGAACAGGCACAAAGAGAUCAUUGUGAAGAGCAUCUCGGCUUUGCUGUUGCUCCUCCUGAAGCAUUUCAAGCUCAAUCACAUCUACCAGUUUGAGUACGUCUCCCAGCAUUUAGUCUUUGCCAACUGCAUCCCGCUGAUCUUAAAGUUCUUCAACCAGAAUAUUAUGUCCUACAUAACUGCCCAAAACAGCAUAUCCGUCCUGGAUUAUCCCUCCUGUACAGUCCAUGAGUUGCCAGAGCUCAGCGCCGAAAGCCUGGAAGCUGGAGACACCAACCAGUUCUGCUGGAGGAACCUCUUCUCCUGCAUCAAUCUGCUGAGGAUCCUCAACAAGCUGACUAAGUGGAAACAUUCCAGGACGAUGAUGCUGGUGGUCUUCAAGUCUGCCCCUAUUCUGAAGCGGGCUCUGAAAGUGAAGCAGGCCAUGAUGCAGCUCUACGUCCUGAAGCUGCUGAAGAUCCAGACCAAGUACCUGGGGCGCCAGUGGAGGAAGAGCAAUAUGAAGACCAUGUCUGCCAUCUACCAGAAAGUGCGUCACCGCAUGAACGACGACUGGGCUUAUGGCAAUGAUAUUGAUGCACGACCAUGGGACUUCCAGGCAGAAGAAUGCACUUUACGGGCCAAUAUUGAAGCCUUCAAUAGCCGGAGGUAUGAUAAACCCCAGGACUCUGAAUUUUCUCCAGUGGACAAUUGUUUACAGAGCGUCUUGGGGCAGCAGCUGGAACUUCCCGAAGAUUUCCAUUACUCUUAUGAACUGUGGCUUGAGAGAGAGGUCUUCUCACAGCCCAUCCAUUGGGAAGAACUGCUGCACUAUCAGUGAUGGUGCUGAGCAACAACACUGAGCCAAUGCCAUCUCGUGCCAGAGAAGUGGUGCUGUGUCCUGAGGAAAGGGAGAGCUCUUCCUGUGUUUGGGGAUCCUUAUGUUGUUGUCUGGCAGGAAACCUUUUAUAAUUAGUUUAAAUGUCAGUCACUCUAAAUGUAAUGCCCUCAUCUUGGUCAGAAUGUUCCCUUUUCAUCCCUGACUACUACAGUCUCUGUAAAUAGGCCUGCUAUUGGCAACUGAGGUUCUGAUCCAUUUACACUGAUCUACCUUAUGUAGAUCACUGUGACUGCCUUUAAAUAUUAUAUAUUUGAAGAUCUGAUUAUUGAUGGAUUUCCAGACAUGCUUGUCUUGGUGUAAAGGUUGUUGCAUUUUUCACAUUUUCUGAGACCAGGUCGCUCCCACAAGCAAUUUCCAUUUCCAGAUUGCCUCAUGUGUCCACCUUUUUUAGAGCUGUGGUACCACCUGCGUCAUCCUUUCCUAGCAACCGUACAUUGGAAACUCCAUGGCUUGUCUAAAGACAGGUGUGUGUCAAUCAGACCUGUGAAAGCUGUAUUUCAAGGGUAUCCCGGCAUGGAAAUCACCUGUGGAAGUGAUUCUUGAAACUUUUAAGAGACUCAGUCCUCACAGAUGUAGUUGGGGGGUCUGGUUAUAACUUAGGGGCUCGUAUGUGUGUGUGUCCCAGUAUGAAAUAUUCCUUAUGCUUCUUCAAUAAUUUGUGCAUGUUAUAGGAAAUGUUCUCCUUUUCACAUUUGAGGAUGUUUUUGUACAUCACAAAAUCUGCCCCCAGGUGGGUGAUACAUGGGAUCUCCCAGGGACUAUCUUGGGAUGUGUAAAUGCCACAUACUUGGGAUAUGGCAGUAGCUAGAGGGGUUGCUGACCCAACCAAGUUCUGACACACAACAGCUAGACAGCCCUGUACUUAGCCUGAGACAUUUAGGUUUAACAUAAAUCUAUGCAUACUGGAGGGUGUGUGAGACAGUUUUACAUGACAAAUGUGCAACACAACAAAGCCGCCUCUAUUGCAAAUUGCAAGAAAGAACGAGAGGAUUUCCAAUCUCCCUCCAUUCCCAUCAGCCUGAAAUAGUAAGUGCAUUGGCCAGAAUGUCUGGAUGAUUUUCCAUACUACCUCUUAAAGGCACAGCUUUAUUCCCCUGUUUGAAGAAAAAUGCAAAUGUCUUCUGUAAAUGGGCAAUGCAUAUAUUUAUCACCCAAUCAGAUGUGUGCACUACAAACUCCAGAAAUAGUUCUCCACAUUGUUGGUAUGACUGGCAGCCAAGUGUGCCUGCUAUGCAUUCUAGUCAAACAUCUGCACUGGAGAUCCCUUGCGUCUUUAAGCAGUUGUGUGAGAAUUGGCCUUUCUGCCUGAACUCUUCGUGCAGAGCAAAAAAAAAUUUUUUUAACCUAAUUUUAUUGGGGGUGGUUCUUAUUUGGAAACCCAACAUUCAUUUUUAUUGUAGCAGCAUGUACCAGUAUAUGCUAGACUAAACUGCACAUCACUUAUGUUAUCACUGUUUAUCAAGAAUACACACAGCUUCAAGAGUACAUGUCUUUCUGUUACUGUAGAAUGAGAAUGUUUGUUUCCUAGUGUGAAUUGUAUCAACAAAGCAUUUUUUCCAAGGAAAUGGCUAUAUUGAGUCAUCAAAUUUUUAAGCACAAGUGUCCAAGAAUAAAGACAACUCCUUAAAAAGA